CCCUUGAUUGGUCACACUGCGCGCCCAUGUGCGAUAUUGUCAACAAAAGUAAUUUUAUAAAUAAAUAAAAAUGGUUCGUAAACUCAAAUUUCAUGAGCAAAAACUGCUCAAAAAGGUGGACUUUAUCACCUGGAAGGUGGACAAUAGCGGCAAGGAGAACAAGAUCCUCAGGCGCUUUCAUAUACAAAAGAGAGAGGAUUACACGAAGUACAACAAACUAUCUAGGGAGAUAAGGGAACUUGCAGAGAAGAUAGCCAAAUUAGACGCUUCAGAGCCUUUCAAAGUGGAAGCCACAACCAUGUUGCUAAAUAAGUUGCACGCCAUGGGAGUUUCCAAUGAUCAGCUAACCUUAGAGAGGGCGGCCAAGAUAUCAGCCAGUCACUUUUGCCGGCGUCGCCUGCCAGUGAUCAUGGUGAAACUGCGCAUGUCGGAACACCUGAAAGCUGCCACAGACCUUAUUGAACAUGGUCAUGUUCGUGUGGGUCCUGAAAUGGUCAAGGAUCCCGCCUUUCUGGUGUCUAGAAACCUCGAGGAUUUCGUCACUUGGGUAGAUGGGUCUAAGAUCAAGGAGCAUGUACUGCGCUACAAUGAUUUGCGUGAUGAUUUCCAAAUGUAGACAUUAAAUUUAAGAUCCCAAACAAACGUAGACUAAAAUUUGUAGCAGACAAUAAAAACAACUGAAACUUUGUUAAAUAA